GUAAAGAGCCAGCACGCAGAGCCAUUUGAACUGCAUCUCAGAAGGUAGACCCCAGACUUCAGUCUGGUGGCUUCUGCCCCUUUGUUUCCAGCUCUGAAGACGCAGGCGGCCCUGCCACCCAGACCCCAGACCCAUGUCAGUGACUGAAGACAAUGCAGACUACAAAGAGAGUCUAUUCCACUCCAUUCAGAAGGAGCAGAUCAGACUCAAGAUGAAGCUGCAGCAGCUGCAGAAGCUGAAAGAGGAGCGCCGGAACUCUCCCCAAAACAAGGUCCCAUUCCCAAUACCUGAAGUCCCCCUGGUGUUCCGAGGACACACUCAGCAAGGCAGGGAGAUGCCCAGGUCUUUGAUUUCCGACCUGAAGAUCUGCUACCCUCUGCCUGGAGGCUCAGCCCUGGUCACCUUCGAUGACCCCAGUGUGGCCAAGCAGGUGCUACAACUAAAGGAGCAUAAGAUCGACCUGGAACAGUGCCGGCUGCGGGUGCAGGUCCAGCCCGUGGAGCUGCCCAUGGUGACAAGCAUCCAGGUGUCCAGCCAGAUGAGUAGCCAGAGGGUGCUGGUCAGCGGGUUUCCUCCUGGGCUCAAGCUGAGUGAGGAGGAGCUGCUGGACAAGCUGGAGAUCUUCUUUGGCAAGACCAGGAAUGGGGGUGGAGACGUGGAAACUCGGGAACUGCUGCAUGGCGGCGGCGUCAUGCUGGGCUUUGUUAAGGAUGAAGUGGCCCAGAACCUGUGCCGGAUUGGCCAGUUCACAGUGCCACUGGGUGGGCAGAAGGUCCCUCUGAAAGUCUCCCCCUACAUGAGUGCAGAGAUUCAGAAGGCAGAGGUCAGGCCCCAGCCAGUGCCCCAGUCAGUGCUGGUACUCAACAUCCCCGACGUCCUGGAAGGCCCGGAGCUGCAUGACGUCCUGGAGGUCCACUUCCAGAAGCCCACCCGCGGGGGAGGGGAGGUGGAGGCCCUGACCGCCGUGCCCCCGGGAGAGCGGAGACUGGCGUUGUUCACUGCCUCGGAGUCGGCCUAGGAGCCCGCCCUUCUCACACUGGGCUGGGGCCAGGGACACACGGACGGGCGGGCGAGAUCGGGCCAGUCAAUGGCGGGCAGGGACUCCAGGUUGCGAAACGCAGCCCCAGAACAGUAAAAGUGUCUGCAUGGCA